AAAGCCUGCCCCUACACAAGUUAUUGUAUAACCGAUUGCCUACUACAACAUGGACAAAUUGUGUAAAGCUGCUCCGCACACGCAAAUCAAAAGAAGACCUCAAUACCCAACCCGCAAUUUUGACGGGAAAAAUAUCAAAUUUUCAGGUUUUUUUGGUUCAAGAAUAGUACAUUUUCUGAUAUUACACGCGGACGAUUUCCACAACUCUUGCGGCCCAUACCACAUUAAAGGGAAGCCCCGUUGGAACUGAUUGAGCAAUCGUCUCGAUUCUCGUUCCUGUCGAAAUGGCACCGACAGCUCGAACAGGCUCCUGGAAGCACCGAUUUAAGGAGCAGGAGCAAUUGCUAGCCAAUGCCGAUAACAUUCUGCGACUCUCGACUCUAACAGAGAUUCGAUCCCCGGAGGAUGUUGUGACUUUGCACCGACAUCUGGGUGCUUGCAUUCAAGAGACCCGGCAGCUGGAAGAUAAAUUAGCGAAGAAACUUAGCAAGAAGUUGAAAAACCAAGUCCCAAAUAAUGGUCGGGGUAUCCAGCGCCAGAAUUCAAUUGGCCCCUUCCUCGCAUGGCUUAAAGAGAAUGGUGCAAAAAUGAAUGGCUGCUCCAUCGCCGCCUUUGAGGGCUACGGCUUGGGAAUCAAAUUGGACCAAACCGCCGCAAAAAACUCAUUAAUCAUGUCAGUGCCGAGCAAGUUAUUCAUGUCCACCGACAGUGCAAAGAGGAGCAUUUUGUCGAACUUGUUUGACAAGCUGGACAUAUUGAAAAACAUGCCCAACGUCCUGCUAGCCAUCCAUUUGCUGGUCGAAAAGUUCUCACCCAACUCCUUCUGGAAGAGCUACAUUAACACGCUGCCCAAGACUUACAACACCAUUCUCUACUUCACCCAGCUCGAGCUAGAAGAGCUGGCUGGCAGCUGUGCGUUAGAACCCAGCUAUACACAGAUCAGGAGCAUUAUCCGCCAAUACGCCUACUUCUACAAGGUGUUCGCUACCUUGGAUGACGAAAUCGGUGAACUGAUGCACGGAAAGUUCAGCUUCAAGGAAUACUGUUGGGCUGUAUCAACUGUGAUGACCAGACAGAACCUGGUUCCCCUGGCGCCGAACCAGACCUUCCUAAUUCCUCUGUUCGAUAUGUGCAACCACGCCAAUGGAGGAAUUAUAACCGAUUACAACCCGGAGACCGACCAACUGGAAUGUUUAGCUUCCAAGGAUUUCCAAGAGGGCGAACAAUUGUUCAUAUUUUAUGGGAAACGCAGCAACAGCGAGAUUCUUGGCCACAAUGGGUUUUUCUACGAAGACAACGAGCACGAUUAUCGGCUGGUUAGUAUGUGCACUGCGGUGCCGAAACGAGUGGAAUUGCUCAAAAGCAUGGGAAUGCCACCCUCAUUCCUGAUACAGAUCACGAAAGACACCAAAACCAUCAGCGACGAUUUACUCGCCUUCACAAGAGUCAUGUGCUUGCCCUCAGACCAGAUCGAUCAGUGGAUGCCCAAAGAGAAAUCUGCGGCCCUGGCAAAGCCAGACUGCCCGCUUGAUGCCCAAUUGACAAAACGGUGCUGGGAUUAUUUGAAAAUCCGCCUAACAGUGGAGCUGGCGCAUUUCAAAACCACCAUCGAGGAAGACUUGGAAAUACUCAACAAGCCCAAUCUAUCUGAAAACAUGAAACUCAUCGUCAAGCUGCGCUUGAGUGAAAAACGACUGUUGAAGAGCUUUGCGGCCGUUGUCGAAGAGAUGAGCCAAAAGUAAUAACGAUGUUUAUUAACUUCGCUAUUUUUUAUAGUCAUUAACCUACGCACUCAUUAUACUAUUCGGGCGAAAAACCCCGAAAAACUGAA